CUGUUUGCGAGUGGUGUAUAACAGGCCACUGCAGCCAUGGCCGACGAAGCCGAAACAGGUCCUCUGUUCGAGGGCGUGGUCUUCACCAUUAUACCCAGCGAUGAUCUUACCGCGGAGCGAACAAACACGCUGCUGACGACACUCGACGACAACGGCGCCACCUUUCGAGCUCUGCGCGACGACGACCGCUCCAUCGACGACAUCGACACCGUCACGCACGUCGUAUCCACCCACGUCGACUUUCCGCAAUACUCGCGCUGUUUAGACCUCGGAAUCUUCAUUGUCAAGCCCUCAUGGGUGCGGGACUGUAUUCAGCGUGGCAAGCAGACCUCGCCCCGCCAGCACAGUCCCGACCCUAGCCAGUACUUCCAAGAUGUUGUCCUAUCUUGUGCAGAUUUGCCCGAAGGCGACGCCGAGGCCAUCAAAGCAGGCGUCAUCGCGCUGGGAGGUCAGCCGAGCAAAGGCAUGACCAAGCUCGUAACACACAUUGUGACCAUGAGCACAGACAAUACCAAAUGCAAAGUUGUGGAGGAGAAGGGACUGGACUGCAAGAUUGUGCUGCCUCACUGGUUCGAUGCUUGCAUUCGUCUCGGCAAGAAGAUCAGCGAAAAGCCAUACCAGUUUCCAGAUCCAGAAAUACUUCGCCGAAACAACGCUCCUGUGCGGCCGUCGCCCACACCUCAACUCACCGGGGCAGUGUCUGCUGUAGUAUCAACGAGCGUGCCGCCGAGUCCAUCAAAAUCACGCAAAGCCUUCAACGCUCUGCCGUGCAAGAAGAUAUACUUUGCUCAAGACUUGGACAUCUCCGAGCACUUGAUUGAAGCUCUGACUGCUACCCUGGAAGUUGGCGGCGUAAAGAUUGUGGAUACUGUCGAAGAGUGCGACAUCUAUAUUGGCGGUUUCCGAGCGGGCAAAGAAUAUAUCACGGCUUCGCAGGCUGGCAAAGAAGUCGCAAAUUUGGCGUGGCUGUAUCAUGUUAUACAGCGCAACAAAUACACCAGUCCACUGCGGAAGCUCCUUCACUACCCUCUACCGCCUCAAGGAAUUCCUGGCUUCGAGAACAUGAGGAUCAGUCUGUCGAAUUACAGUGGUGAGGCACGUCUCUACGUUGAGAAUUUGAUCAAGUAUAGCGGAGCCGAGUAUACGAAGACAAUGAAACAAGACAACACGCAUCUGAUCACUGCCCAUCGAUCGGGAGAGAAGUGCGAAGCUGCUCAAGAAUGGAACAUUCAAAUUGUCAACCAUCUUUGGCUGGAGGAGAGCUUCGCGAAAUGUGCUAUCCAAGCCACAUCAAAUCCGAGAUACACCCAAUUUCCCACUCGUACAAAUCUUGGCGAAGUCACUGGUCAGACUAGCCUCGACAUGAAGAGCGUUGAGCGCAUCUUCUUCCCGCGACCAAAGUCGCCACGAAAGGUGGCUGUGGUACAGAAGCCCAAAGCUCCUGAGAGCGCUACAACCUCCAAAGCUGCUCCGGAGCCUGAGAGAAUGGAGUUUGACACGCACAUGCCUGACGCGGAAGAUGCUGAGACUGAAGACGAAGCGGAGCCUGAAACUGAGCAGAAGUCAACCAAGAGACGACCUGGCCGGCCAAAGAAAUCAGACGCAGCUGCCACACCUCGACCUGCAGCUCACUCACAUGAGCCCGCCGAUUCACCCAUGCCACCUAGUACUGGGCGUGCUUCGAAGCAAAAGGCUAAGGAAAGCUUGAUCUCAGCAGCUGCGGACAUCGCUGCCUACCAAAAAGAGACCAAGCGUAAAGGCGGUGUCGUCUAUGGCGGACUACGUGCAACCGCAGCGGAAGACAGGUCUUCACCCAUUCCUCCGGCACGUCACUCUAGGAAGAGAGCAAGCGAAGAGUACGAGGCCUCGGCUCUGGAUCCUGAUCUCAGCGACGGGGAGACGCAACAAGUAGGAAGCAAGCCAAACAAAAAGGCGAAAACAACGAACACAGCGGCUUUGCCCCCUAUCAAACACCGGAUGAUGGUCACUGGCGACGAUCGAUGGCAAGACAAUGGCGCCAAAGAGUCCAAGGAUAAAACGACUCUCCGUCAACUCGGCAUUCAUCUCACACAGGAUCCCAAAGACGUCGACAUUCUCGUAGCGCCCAAACUUCUUCGAACCAAGAAAUUCGUUUGCGCUAUAGCCCGAUCCCCACUUGUCGUGCACACGAGCUUUCUUGAUGCUGCUCUAGAAAAGAAGAAGCUAAUAGAGGACCCGCCCAUGCUCAAGGACCGGGAUGGCGAAGAGCGCCUUGGUUUCAAACUGGCCGAGUCACUUGAUCGUGCCAAGCAGAAUCAGCACAAGUUGUUCGCUGGGUGGUCCAUCUACGUGACCAAAGACAUCAAGGGCGGCUUCGACACGUACAAAGAUAUCAUCACUCUCAAUGGUGGCGUUGCACUCAUGUAUCAAGGCCGUACUGGCAUCUCCUUGGCUACGCGUCGCUCGCGAACAGAUCCCGCCGCUGGCGCAGAGAGCCAGAACCAGGGUCAUGACGACGAGUUCAAUUGUGUCUAUCUCGUAUCAGGAGAGACCGCGGCUGAGACCAAGCUGUGGACCGCCUUCCGAAAAGAGGCGGAGAAGCACGAUCUCGAAGCACGUAUUGUGACAUCAGACUGGGUGCUGAAUGCCGCGCUCAGCCAGCAAAUUGUGAAUCGAGAUAAGUAUCACCUGGGGACGACAUGAAGGGCGAAGUUAUGGACGGGUGGCUAUCGUGUGUUCAGCAGAAGCUGGUGUCCGAAUGAUGGAAUUGUGUUUUAUGCUCCGUAGGUCCAUGGUUGGCUUGGAAUCAGCUGGGCUGUCAAACUUGCAUGUAAAUAGAGAGCGAGCAUGAUUUGCUCCAAACACGAAUGAUAAUGGAUGACGAUGAGCAGGAGCAGGAAAUUAAUUGUCACUGAUGUUGGCUUGACGAGAUUCGUUGUACUAUGGUACCGGCACCCAGAUGCUCGAUCACUUUGCACUUGUGGUACAAUGUCCAUAUAGGCAGAUAGCCUUCGCGAUUGCUUUCAAACGCUCCUGCUUUGGGUGGUCCCUAAAGCCUCGCAUCGGGCCAGAGACUAUCGCUGGCACCACUCUCCAGCGAGCCAACGCAUAACGUGAGAACCCUUUGGGCCUGCU